CUAUUUGACACAUGACUGACGGUGACAGUUCUGCAAUCAUUUUCCAACAAAAAUCAAAAUACCACAAGUCGGCAUUUUAUUUUUGUUUACAAAAUACCUAAUAAUUUAAUUUUACCUAGAAAAACAAAAACACAAACACUUCCCGAAAAUCCAUAAUGUUCGGUUCGAAUCCAAAGGACUAUGACCUAAAAAUAGAACUAGCCAAAUGCUGCAAUGGUAUAGCCACGGUUUACUUGAGUCAAUAUAAACCCAAUUCUCAACAUGUAGCAGUUAAGAAAUAUCGCAUGGACAAGGCCAGCAAAGAGGAGAGCAAUAUGAUCUGCGAAGAGAUCCUUACUAUGCGUCAAUUCAAUCAUCCUAACAUUCUUUCAUUCCACACAGCUUUUGUGCAUGAUUCUGAGAUGCACUUGGUGGCACCAUUGAUGUGUUUUGGCAGUUGCAAGGAUACCAGUAGGAACUGCUUUAGCACCGGUUUUCCCGAGAUAUUUGUUGCUCUAAUACUACGUGAUGUUCUUGCCGGACUUGAGUACAUUCAUCGCAAGGGUUACAUCCAUCGAUCCAUUCGUGGCAGUCAUAUCCUCCUUAACCAGACGAAGGCAGUCAUUUCGGGCUUUAGGGAAUGCACAAGUAUCGUUUCGCAUGGCGAGCGAGCUAAAACACUCCACAAUCUCGCUCCAUUUAGCAAGAAGAGUCUGAAUUGGUUGGCACCAGAAGUCUUGGAACAAAACCUAAUUGGAUAUACGGAGAAGUCGGAUAUUUAUAGUCUUGGGAUAACUUCAUGUGAAUUGGCAAAUGGCAUGGAACCUUAUGCUGAUAUAGAGCCGACAUUCAUGUUCACAGAGAAGAUUCGGGGAAAUGUGCCAACUCUUCUGGAUAGAUCUACGUGUCCUAGCGAAGAGAUGAUGGAUGCCGCGAUGUUGGAAAGUUCAAUGGUUGCAAAAACAGGACAUAUUUAUAGUAAGCGAGUGUUUUCCGAUGAUUUCCAUCAAUUCACUGAGAGUUGUUUGGAAAAACGUCCGGCGAACCGGAGCAGCGCAAUGCAACUUCUUAACCAUCCAUUCUUCAAACAAUGUCGAUAUACCAGUAUUUUAGAUCAACUGACAAGGUUUGGAUUGGAAACUUUGGAUUAUACGCAAUUAAGGGAUGAAAGCCUAGCCCUGUGCAACGAACUUGCCGAUAUAAAUAUGAAUGGAAAUUUCGAAUGGGAUUUCUAAAAAUAUCAAAUUAAUGUAAAUAACAAAAAAAAAACAUAUUUAUAAAAGAACCUGUUCAAUACUUGUCUCAAUACAAUAAAAUGAUACAUAUGUACGUUGUUUAAAAACAAAACUAAAUGUUCAACAUUUAAAACUAAAAAAUAAAAAUAAAACAAUAA